ACUUUUUCACUUUUUAUCAUAGAAAAAUUGUAUAGAAAAUAGCCAUGUUCAGCAUAAACUAACCUUCUUCUGCACAGUGACUCCAACCUGAUAUGCUAUUGGUGACAUGACGCGGGUUAACGAGAAGAGGCAGUGAUAAUCGCCCCCCACCCGACAGCAACAGGAGCCCAGAAGCUUUUUCCCGUCUGAAGAAUCCAAAAUACAGUAAUGUCACAGGAAAAAUCGAUGUCAAGCUCGCGAGCAAAGACCAACCACUACAGCCAACAGCCUACUUUGUAAUCCCUGUUCCUCUCAUUUACCAAGAAACUUUCCCAGUCAAGAUUUUCUUCCUUGCCUGCAAGAAAACUCAACACUUCUUUCCUUGCCAACAAGGAAACUACACAUCUUACCUCCAUGGUUGAGCGAUUCUGAUGCAGCUUGCAGAACUGCUGCUUGAAAUUUGAUUUUGGGCCGUCCUGAACCAGAAAGUUGACAGCAGCGAAACCAGGGGAGGAAAAAGUAAAAUAAGCGUCCAAACAGAUUGAGAUGGAUUCGCUCUCGAGCUGGCCGAGCAUGGAGUCCUCAAGAAGAUCAGAAGAGUCUCAAUCUGGUUACAACCCGGUACUCGACUGUUCCAGUGAUGGAGCAGCCUCGGAAUGGUCUACUUCCAUUGAGACAUCGGAUGCAUCGCCGGAUCGCACCGAGGCAACAGCAUGUUCCGAUGCGAAGGCGUAUGAUUUGCAGAAACCGGCGAGGACAUUAACUAGGAGAUCUAGUUUAAGGUUGGCUAAGGGAUUGACAAGAAUGUCCAGUUCAAUCAGAAGGUCUUCUUCGAAGAAGAUCUCUGGAGUAGCGGAUCUUCAGAGGAAGAAAUUGAAGAAGUUGCGGUCCAUCAGGCUUGCGGGGUUUCAGACCGCAAGGCCAUCCAGAAGAAACCCAAGUUUGGUAUAUGACCAACCUUUGAGUUCCUCGAGUGACAUGGAUGCAUUGCCAAGUUAUUUGAAGUCAACGAGAUGUUCUGAUGUGAAGAAGGUGAAUUCUCAAGCAAGUCCUCUUGAUUCUGAGCUUUCUGUCUCCAGCAAUGAUCAGAGUGGAAAAUUCUUGAAUAGUGUUAAGCCAAAGCAGAGUCCUUCCGGUAAUAAAUCUGUUAAACGCUUUACAAGAACUCCAACCCUCAGACCUGUGGGGAUUUUGACUAAAAUGGCCAGUUUGAAACCAAAGAGGCCUUCUGUAUGGAAACGGCAGCAAAUUUCUCAGUCCUCGGACUUGAGCAUUCUUAGACCUACCUGUUCUUCGGCUAUCAGGGGGAAAAAGAUUCCUGACCAGCCGGAGAUUCCGCAAGAGGGUCAUUUGUCUGAAAGGAAUUUGGCAAAGAAAUUUUGUCCGUAUAGCUACUGUUCUCUUCACGGUCAUCAUCGGCAUGGAGAAGCUCCUACAUUGAAGCAUUUGAAAUCGGCAAGAAAGCGUGUGAAUGCACAGCGAAGCAAGAAACUGGCAGGGCAGCCCCCUCGAAGAGUAAACAACACAGGCAACUCAGUAAAGGGAAAUGAGUCGAGCAAAAUAGUCUACCAGGGACAGCAAGCCAUUGAAGAAAAAGGGAAUGUCACUCCUACUGUUCAGAAACUCAAAAGGGAAGUUCCUGUAGAAAUCUACACUGGACCAAAAGCAGAUCCAAAUGGAGUUGUAGCUCAAGAUGGAGGCGAAGUUAACUCUGAUUCUCUGGGUCUAGUUGAUGUAGAGUCUGUCGAAAUUAUGAGCCCUCAUGAAAGUUCUGGAGAAAGUAUACAGCAAGCAUGUCUUUACAGUGAGGAACAGCACGUGCUGGUGCCUCCUCUGGCCCUCAACGAUGAGACACAUAUGGAGCUUCGUCGAAGUGGAAGUGAACUCGAAUUGUGUAUUGCUGACUCUAAUAAUACACAAAAGAAUAAAGAGGAAAUUUCGUCGGUUAGUUGCGAUACUGGAGGAGGGAAUGUUGCUCUUGAUGAAGAUCAAGCUGCAUCCCCAGUGGUCUGCCAACUGAAACCUGAAGAUGGUGGUGGUUUUUCCCAUGACCUGUCCUCCAAGUCAACUGAUAUCACAGAAACCUGUCAUUCAGAAGACCCACAGGAUAUCAACAUUGUCAGAGAAGUUUAUGGAGAAGAGCCCUCAUGUUUGGAGUCAGAACUUCACCUGACUGAACCAACAAUAAAUGGUGGAAACACCACUGUAUCAGAUAGCAUGGCUGAUGAGCUAGCAUGCACAUCAGAUAUAUGUAUUAGCAGUAAAGAAUCUGCUAGGGCCACAAAAGAUGAAUUAUCUUCGGUGAGUGAAGUGAAGGGAGAAAACGCAGCACCUCAGAUUGGAGACUCUGAGCCGGAUGAUCCAUUUAGGACUCCUCGGGGAACAAAGAAGUAUAAUGGGUUGUGGAACCUGAUAUAUCAGCACAUGGUCUCAGAUAUAGCUGAAAGCGGAGGGUUGCAGCCAUUCAAUCCAGAAAAUGAGAAAGAACGUGUGAAAGAAGGCAGUACACUGCCUGGGGUGGACGGAGCCGAUCACUGUCAAGAGGUUUCUGAAUAUGGUCAGUACAUUGAGACACCAACCAAUGAGGAAGAUCGGCAGCCGAUAGAACUGUGCCAGAGUGAUGCCAUCAAACUGUUACAAGAAGCAAUCAACAAACUUCUUCUUUCCCAAAGCCCAGUUCAGAAGUUUGAUAGCCAGUCAACUGGUAAUGAUACAGAUAUGGAGGAGCAGUGUCACUCUGAUGGGAAGGAUGGCAGCCGAGGUGCAAUCGGGUCAUUGAGAGUCUCUACUUCCCCUGAACUGCAAAAUGGUGCAGCACCAGAAUCAAAAGAAGAGCAGCUUGGAUCCGCAAAUCUCCAUACCAAGAAGGAACAAACAGAAACUAAGAUUUGGAACAAGCCUAACCAGCCUACACUUAAGAGAUGGAGCAAUGUGAAAAAGUUAAUCCUUCUCAAGAGAUUCAUCAAGGCAAUGGACAAAACUAGGAAGUUCAAGCCAAGAAUGCCCAGAAGCCCGUCCUCAGACCUUUACCCAGAAGCAGAGAAGGUUAACUUGAGACGGCAAUCGACAGAAGAGAGGAAGAAAUCUGAGGAAUGGAUGCUUGAUUAUGCACUCCGGAAGGUCAUUUCCAACCUGGAUCCUGCACAGAAAAGAAAAGUCGCUCUCCUUGUUGAAGCCUUUGAAACUGUCGUCCCAUCACAAGGUGCUCAAUCUUCCAUCAGUACAAAUUCAUCGUUGUCAUCUCCUGUUCGUCAUGCUAAAGCCAUCAUAAAUUGCUCAGUCCUGGAUGACAAACCAAAAGGCAGUGAGGAUGGAUACUCUUCCAGGACUUUGACUGGGAAGUCAUCAAGCACUCAUCCAGUUGACCAAAGCAGCGAUUCCGCAACUGAAGAACUAGAGAACCCAGUGGCAUUCUCUAAGGCCAAAAUAACAGGUCAGGACUUUUGUACAAUAGGUAGGGAAUUAAGCAUGGCGAUCUACGAAGAAAACCCUAUGAAAAUUAGUUUUUCAAGUCCUGAUGUGGUUAUGACUAAGUCCACCAUCGCGAGUGAUCUAUCUGAUCAGUGCUUGAAGGCAGAAAACAGUGAAAAUGAAAUUGACAUUGAAUCAUCAGGUGAUGGAAACGUUCAGGAGGAGCGUGCAAGGAAAACUCCAAGUUCAAAUCUACCACCUGAGGGUGCUGAUGCUGGAUCAAACAGAAAAAGCUCCGAGACCGAAGGUUUAAUGGGUGAAAAAGUGACAAUUUUUAAUGAUUCUAAAGGCGAUUCACCUGAAGAUAAAGAAGAAUCAGAGCCAGAUAAUCCAUCUCCUGUUGGAGGAAAGAAGUAUAAUGGGUUGUGGUACCUAAUAUAUCAGCACAUGGUCUCAGACAUUGCCGAAAGUGGAGGAUCGCAGACGUUCAAUCUAGAAAAUGAGAAAGAACAUGUGAAAGAUGGCAGUACACUGCCUGGCGUGGAUGAAGCGGACCAUCGUCAAGAGGUUUCUGAAGGGUGUCAGGGCAUUGAGGCAGCAACCGAUGAUGCAGAUCGACAGCAGAUGGAACUGUGCCAGAGCGAUGCCAUCAAACUGUUACAAGAAGCAGUUAACAAAAUUCUUCUUUCCCAAAGUCCAGAUCAGAAGUUUGAUAGCCAGUCAACAGCUAAUGACACAAAAUUGGAGGAGCGGUGUCACUCCGAUGAGAAGGAUGGAAGCAGUGGUGAAACCAAAUCACCAGGCAUCUCUACUUCCCUUGAACUUCAGAAUGGUGCAGUAUCAGAUUCGAAAGAAGAGCAGGUCAGAACUGAAAAUCUGCAUACCAUGAAGGAACAAACAAAAACUAAGAUUUGGCACAAGCCUAACCAGCCAACACUUAAUAGAUGGAGCAGCGUGAAAAAGUUCAUCCUUCUCAAGAAAUUUGUCAAGGCAUUGGAGAAAACUAGGAACUUCAAGCCAAGGAUGCCAAGAAGCCCGCCCUUAGAACUUUACACAGAAUCAGAGAAGGUUAGCUUGAGACAGCAAUCUAUAGAAGAGCGGAAGAAAUCCGAGGAAUGGAUGCUUGAUCAUGCACUCCGAAGGGUCAUUUCCAACCUGGAUCCUGCACAGAAAAGAAAAGUAGCUCUCCUUGUAGAAGCCUUUGAAACUGUCGUCCCAACACAAGGAGGUGAAUCUCUCGCAAGUCCCAAUAUAUCAUUUUCAUAUCCUGUUCACCAUGCUAAAGUCAACAGGAAUUGUUCAGUCCAGGAUGACAAACCAAUAGCCAUUGAGGAUGGACACUCUGCUAAGACUUUGACCGGGAAGCCAUCAAGGACUUUUCCAAUUGCCCAAAGCAGCAAUUCUUCAACUAAAGAACAACAGAAGCCAGUGGCAUUCUCUGAGGCCAAAGGAACAGGUCAGGACUUUUGUACAAUCAGUAGAGAAUUAAGCAGGGAGGUCUACGAUGAAAACCUUAUGAAAAUUAGUUUCUCAGGUCCUAACAAGGUUUUGAGCAAGUCUGUCAUCACAGGUGACAUUUCUGAUCAGUACUUUAAGGCAGAAAACAGUGAAAAUGUACAGGAGCGCACAAGGAAAACUCCAAAUUUAAAUUCAACACCUGAGGGUGCUGAUGCUGGAUCAAACAGCCAAAGCUCCGAGACCAAAGGUUCUUUGGGCGAGGCAGUGACAGUAUUCAAUAAUUCUGAAGGUGACUCACCAGAAGAUGACAACGCAGAGUCAACACAUCUCAAAGGUUCGUCCCCUUUAGCAUCUGUUGAUGACACAUCGAAGGAGCCCAUGACAACUAGUCAAGAAGGUGAACAUGGAGUAAGUUCCAAAGAUGAGCUCCUGUCUGAUUCAUCUUCACUUGACGAGUCCAUGCCUAUCCGUGUCACUAAUGCAGAACAGGAAGUACAGUUGGAGAAUAAGAAGUAUUCAAGUCUCUGGUACUUGAUACACAAGCACAUGGUAUCAGGUCUUCAUACAGAAGAUGGAAGCAGGUCACCUCUUGAUGGAACCAGCAAGGAUGACGAAGAAGAGGAGAACAAAUUGGACAGAAGGUACGAUUCUUGUCAACAUUCACCAGAAGCAAAAGAUCAGCAAACAUCUCUAGGUCAGAGGGCUGAUUGUGAAAAGAUGGAACUCAGAAAGAUUGAGGCCAUUAAGCUGGUACAAGAAGCAAUUGACAAUAUCCUUCUUCCGGAAGCAGAGGAAGGUUCAUCAGAUGGUCAAUUUUCUAGUAAGAACAUUCAUUAUGAGAAGACAGAAUGUGCAGAGACUCUCAUUUCAGCAUUGAAUAAUUCAGCUGACGAUGGAAGGGUGGAACCUGAAAGGACAGAACAACCCAGAGCUUCAGAUCAAGAAACACAGCUCCAAUUUAUUACGGUUAGUGGUGCUUCCCAGGAAGCAGAUAGAACGGAGCCCAAGGUGGCGAGCAAACGUAGCGAAGGGGCAGUGAAAAAUUGGAGCAAUCUGAAGAAGGUAAUUCUCCUUAAGAGAUUUGUCAAGGCAUUAGAGAAAGUGAGGAACCUCAACCUACAGAAGCCGCAACAUCUUCCCCCUCAGCCCCAUGAUGAACCAGAGAAAGUCAAUUUGAGGCAUCAGGACAAGGAUGGAAGGAAAAAUACUGAGGAAUGGAUGUUGGAUUAUGCCCUUCAGCAAGUUGUCUUCAAAUUAACUCCAACAAGGAGAAGAAAAGUUCACUUACUAGUAGAAGCUUUCGAAACGGUUAGUCCUCCAGUUGGGAAUUGAUCAUGCUUCUGGCACAAGGAACAGCUUGAGUCAUGCAAAUGCCUCUAUUCCUCAUUUAUUAUUGAGAUGAAUAAGAGAAGUCUCCUCCAUGAAGAGAAUUCAUGGUCACGACUUCAUAGUUCCAUUGGAUUCAUCAAAUUGGAACGUUUGGGCGAUGCCAAAGAGAUAUGUGGUUCAUUUAUUGUCCUUCAAUCAUUGUGUCAUAACAUGUAAGUGGGAGCUGAUUAGCUCCUUUCACCUCAGAUGGAGAUUUAUUAUACAUAGAUUGAUAAAUGUGUUCUUCUAAUUAAUAUCAUCAGGAGUGGAGUUACAAGUCAAUGUACAGACGAACUUGUAGUUAUUGAGAUUCUUUCUCCAACUAGAGAUAUGAUAGAUUGUGAUUAUGAAAAGAAGUUUACAUUCUCGACCA